CAAUUGAGGAAAAUAGAAAUAAUUGAAUUGAUAAUGAUAACAAUUUAGUUUCUUGUUAUUUUUAAGCUAUUGACGGAGCUUUAAAUAUAGUGCAGUAUAAGAAAUAGUGUUUUAUUAAGUGUGAAUGCUAUGGGGAAACAAAUGAAGUCCGACGCGGACGAGUCGAGUCGGAUGUGGGCGAGUGCGUCCUUCGUGGGCGUACUCAUCGUCAUCGGCCUGCCGCUCUGGUGGAAGACCACGGAGGUGUACAGGGUAGCGCUACCAUACGACAAGAUCGCCGCUUUCGAUUCGCUGUCUCACACCAUCGCUACCGAGGUGACAGUGAUGGCAAAUGACGACGCCAUCGCGUCGCAGAUAGCGGGGCUCAUUGAGAAAUCCUUCGAGGAUUCGACCACACUAAAAGUCAAAGUUACCAAGACCAUAAUUUCGGACUCUCUCCGCAAUACGCUGGAAUCCGUCGCCGACGAACCAGAAGCGAUAGAAGAGGUAGCGGCCAGCGUCAGCGUGUCGAAACCUAACACGCUAUAUGUGGUACAGAGGACGCCGCUGUUCCAAGAUGUCUGGCUUAGCGGGGAGCGGGUCAUGUUCUUCAGAGACUCUAAAGCGGGUCCAACCGUCGUGCAAGCCCUCAAAAGCUGGGUAUACCAGACCUCAGUACUCCAAGGCGCAGUAUCAGACUCGGACGAAGCGCGGCGGACUAGAUUCCCGCCAGGAGAAGGCUACCACGUCACUCUGUCCGUGGCCGUGCCUUCGCCGAAGACCAAGCUUCGAUUCCCCGCUAGAGACGCUAUGGAAGAUUACAUCGGCACGUUUGUGGACGAGCUCAGCGAGCUUCACAACUUCACACUCAAGUCUCAGUGGCUGUAUCUAUUGGACUUCGAUUUCCAGGCUAAAGAGGUAAAAGACACAAGCGCAUACGGCCGCCAUUUUGCCGUUCACAAAGACCGUCUCCACCUCCUGCUGACCAGACUCGAGGAGCGCGCCGCCACACACGUCUCCGAGCUGCCGACCAUCAACCUAGUGCUGUACGCUGUUCCCUGCGAGAGGGCGCCACUUGUUAUAUAUGACGGUGACACCCGCGUCCCCACCCCCGUCCAGGCCUUCAUGUCUCCCAAAUGGGGGGGAGUGGUGCUGGCCAACCCCAGGCCGGAAGAAUGCGGGGGAGAGGGGGAAGUGGAGCCCAACGUCCAACGCGUCAUGGGCGCGUUUGUAGCUCAGCUGAGACCUCUGCUCGGGAUUCCGGAUAUGGUUCACAUCCCGGAUGCCCAACUGGACCCACUGCGGUCAGUGACCCCGCGCCGUUGGGAGGUAGAUGCAUUGCUGCGUCUGCGGGUUUUGGAACAGAUCACUUCGGCAGAAAACACUUUACAGUCAUUAGCGCAAUUGUUAGGUGAAAUCUCCAACAUCGUGAUCAACGACGAAGUCGGCGCGUCCAUCAACGCGGCAGUCGACGGCAUCGGCCUCGCGCGCGAGCACCUGGCCGCCGGGCAGCUGAUGGAGGCCUACAAGAGCUCCCGGGGGGCCCACAGAGCCGCCGAGACCGCCUUUAUGGAGCCUAGUCUACUGGCGUUGCUGUACUUCCCUGAUGAUCAGAAAUACGCCAUCUACAUUCCUCUCUUCCUGCCCAUAAUGUUCCCCGUGGUGCUCUCUCUCAAGACCCUGCUGCUGUGGCUGAGGGGCAAGCCUCUGCACAAGGAGAAGGCUGAUUAAUGAUACCAAAGUAUUAUGAUGUAAUGUAACUAAUAUGGUACAUUAGGCAUGUCCCACAUAGAGCGAGUAAGCGAUUAACUGUCGGCGAUUAUCUCGCUCAAGAAACGAACAAAAGAUUAGAGUCCUGUGUUAGUAAAAGAGACACAUAUAUUAAUAGUCCAUCGCUGGCUGUUCACACUGCCGGCGAAAACACCGUCGCCGCGAUAAGAUAAAACUAGCUGAGCGGUACUCGCUCGGCGAUGCUCGCUUCGUAGUUUGAACAAGUCCGCGCUGUCUGCGUGUUCGCUGCACCGCCCGAGCGAGUUACGCGAGUAAUUGCCCGUCGCACUCGAACACUCGCCUAUAGCCGAGCGACAAAACUAUUGGAGCUAACACUCGCUUCUCGCCGCUCGCCCACUCGUUUCUAGUUUAUCGUUCUACUCGCUUAUCGCUCAUCGUCGGCGGUGGGACAAGUACCUUAGUUGUACCCCACACUGUUAAAUGUCCAUGGGUAAACCUUAUUGCAAAAGGCAUAAGGUCCACCUAUGGACAGUUAGGAGUGUCGCUGUUUGUAAAUUAUUUAAUGCAUUUAGUUAAUAAAUGGGAGUUUGUAAUA